AUGAGGAUUGACUCCGGCCAAUUCCGCGCGUUUCUUCUUUCGUCGUCCCCGGGUGCAUGGCCACCCUUCUUCUUCGCCUGCGACGACCCCGAAUCGUGCUCCGCUCCAGGCGGCGCGCCGGCGGGGGCUUCAGACUCCACUCUCCCUCCCUCGAAAGUGUGCGUCUCCUCCGCGGAUCAGGGCAGGCGCUUCGCCGCGAAGGCUGCGCAGCGCCGCGGCUUCCUGACGGAGUUCCUGCCGGUGCUCGAGAAGAAACAAGUCCGGUUUUCAGUCCUCAGGGCCAACCUCCUCUUUCUGUUUCCGCCCACGGAACUGCCCCGGCAGCAAUGGCUCGCCCAGCAGAGUGCGCUGCUGGACAGCGGCCCGGAACCUGACGCGCUGGACAUUUUUGACGACGUGGAAAUUCUGCUCCUCGAGGAGGUCCGCGUCGCCCCGAUACGACGGAGACGGUUGGGACUCACGACGCCAGGCAGUGCGUUCGGCGAGACUCUUCCAGAUGAGGAAGACAUCCUGUACGAAGUCGAGGCGGAACCUCGGGGACAGACCACUGCGGACGGAGAGCGCAGCACCGAUUCGGAGCAGAAGCCCGCGGAGGAAAACGCGAGCGAGUUCGAGUACGGCGUUUCCUUGAAGUUUGAGGCGUGUCACUGCCAAGACGAAUAUCUUUUUUUCGCCAAAAAUCGCGCAUGCAGACAGGCCUGGCUCGAUGCCCUGACAAAAGCGGCAAAUACGCGCGGCCAGAUCGAAGCUCUCGUUGAAGCGGCCUCGGAGAGCCGCUUUGCGGCGAGUCGCUAUUGGACCAGAUGCCGGGCGCUGCGUUACGAAGCGCAAAAGUGGAAGUCGCAAGUUCUGUGCAAUGCCGAGAAAGGGGAAGGCGAACUGAGGUCUUGCAAUGCUAGGGAACACGAUAGACUCUGCGAGCGCGUGGUCAUGCUGGAGGAGCUCGUCGACGCGCUGGAAGGCCAGUUGGUCCUGGCAGAGGAGAAGAAGUCGGAGGAGGAAGUGAAUCGGGAAAUCACCAUUCUCCAGGAUGCGCUUCUUGUCGAAGCUGAGAAGACAUGCCGCCUAACGCAGAUCCUUUGCGACGUGUCGGAAGCGCUCCCUGGCCAAGUCGGCGAGUCGAUUCGGCAGCUUGCAAAGAAGCUCAGCAGCCAGGCGCUUCCGCGUCCGCCAGGCGCUUCCGCGUCCGAUGCUGCCGGUACGGCGCACGCAGAGACGACAGACUCUGCCACGCCUCCACAGAAGGCCGAGAACCAGGCGCAAGCAGUUCGCCCCAUCUUCUCGAAGGCACCGUUUCACGGUCAUUCGCCCUUGCCUACGGCGUCCUUGACUCGACAGGAAGCGAGAAAAGGGGCGGACCAAGUUCCAGCCCGCGAGUCGUCGUACCCUUCUCUUUCUUCGUCCCCAAACGCCUCUCCCUCGCCUUACGCGUUAAUCCCUGCGACGCCCGGGGGGAUGUCUCCUCUUUACACCGAGCGGGAACUGCUUGCAGCUCUUGCGGUGAGGACCGGGGCGCGCUCCGGAGAAGGGCCUCGCCCGGGCGAAGCAGAAAUGGGGAGCCACGCGACGCCGGGGAUGUCACACCGAGGACGCGCGCCUACCGCCCACUCACUGUGCUGUUUAGCAGCGAGGAGACACAGCUAUUUUGCCCGGCGGGCAUAUCCACUCGGCCCUCCAAAACGACCGGGAGAUCUCCCCGUGGGGACCGACCGCGCGGCGUCACGAGCGAGUCGAGCAGCUACGGUGUCCUCGCGUUUUCCAGAGUCGCUCGCUUCAGCUUCUUUGGCGCGUUCUUCCUUGUGCCGAGAGAACGUUGCUGGGAGCGUCGGGCCUCCUCCAGGCCGGUGUAUCUCGCCGUCGACUGGAGCGCAAUCUCGCGCCGCCUCACCUUCCGUUUCUGCUUCGUUCAUUGCACCCUCCAGCAUUCGAAGGGGGAGUGUGACCUCGAGAAACGUUUCGCGUCUUAUUUCUUCCGGCGAGGUGCGGAAUCAAGGAAGCGGAGCGAGAGACAUGGAAGGCGCGUCGUCCGUCGCGCCUCACCCCGCAGCUGCGUCGGGCCAGGCUUCCCCCGCUCAAAGGGGGUUGGUGUCUUCUCUUUCUCCGCCGCGUUCUUCGCCGCACUCAGCUCUUCCACAGAUUCAAGGCGCUGGUGAGGGUCCAUUGAAGAUCCCGGCAGGGUUGCCGAAGGCAAGUGCAGUCGGCGCCGCUGAGUCGGGUAAGGCAUGCCCACAUGCAGCCAAAUUGGUGACCCGCCCAAAGUGUCCUCCGCUUCGACUUCCCCUCCCCGCUGGUUCAGACGCCAGUGCGGAAAACCAUCCGCACGGGCGGGGAACAGACGAAAAAGGGCUGGGAUGCACGCCGGCGAAACCCAGCGGGAAGCGUCCUGCGAAUCCCAAGUCCGCGACUGCUGGGAAAGGUCCCCUCUCGAAGCCUCCCGCAGGCGCCAAGGCAAAACAGGGUCAGAAGGCGGAGAGAGCACACCGCGAGAAAGAGGGCGAACAUGCCACUGACGCCAGCGAAGAACGCUCACCUGCGAAAAGUGGAACGGAUUCCCCCGAAGAGACAGUCAGCUCGACUGCUGCUUCCGUUGCUGGCGGGGGAAAGACAGGCGAGACGGAAAAGGUUUCUGCCGACGCGGGGAAAGAGAGUUCGUCCCCUCCGGGUCAGAAGACGCAUACGGCCGGGAGAGACUCGAAAGUUGGAGAGCCGGGAGGACUUCUCGAUGCGAAAGACCAACCGAGUUUGAUAGGCGCGAAGAAGAUCGGCAAGCGUCCGCCGGGAAUUCCGCCGGAGAGAAGGGGACGGGACGAAGCAGGCAAGAGCGGCGAAAGCCCGGGAGAGAAAGAAGAAGGAGAGGAAGCAACGAAGAGAGAAGACCCGAAACGUCUUGGGUCAACAGCGACGCUCGAACGAAGGAAUACAGGGGGCGUAAACGGCGCAAAGUCUGUUAUCCUGGAAAGAGGUUCCCCCCAGAAAGUCGUUCUCACGCUGGCAAAGGGAAAGGUCGCCUUGGUAGGGCAUGGGCCUCCUUCCUUAGGAAUGGAGCCUUCGCUUGCCCAGCUGAAAACGGCCUUGGAACCCCCUCAUCGGCCAGCGAAACAGGCGGGAAACCUCCCAGGAAAGCCGCCUGAAUCUGUGCAGCACUCGGAUACUUCAGCUGCGUUUGCGGUCCCGCAGAGAUCAGCCGCCACGACGACUCUCCAUCGAUGUUCGGAUGCGCCUGAAGGGGCUCCAGGGCCUCUCGCUGGCGGUGGUGGAGACAAGGAGACGCGCUUGGAGGCCAAGGGAUCGCCGCAUCUUGGUCGAAUCCCGCCCGACAACAAACCGGAGGGCGGCACAGAUUUGAGUUGUUUGGAGCGAAAAGAAAUGACAGCCAGUACGCACGUUCCGUCAUCGAAAGGAGGGAAACCGAAACAAGUGAAUGAAACGGCAGUGGCGCGCAAAGACUGCCAAGCAAAACCCGCCAAAGAGAACGGUGAAUCGUCGAAGACUGUUUCACCAUUUUCUGCCACUGAGCGCCCCGUAGCAGUGGGUACGUCAACGCGUGCGGCACAUGGGCUUGAGGUGGAGCACGUGCCUUCCUCUGUGCUUCUUGCCGAAGGAAGGAGAAACCAAAGGGACUUCGUGGAAGUGUGGCAUUGUGAGGCGACCGAACUCGACGGAACAGAGAAACCGAAGGAAGGACGGGCGACAGCGAGAACUGCAAAGAGAGACAAAGACGUAGAACGCGACUAUCGCGUUCACAGAGUUGAUUCCGACGGCGUUCCGCGCGAACCUACGAAACUGCGAAAUCGAGACCCGAGGAAAAUGGCCAAGGAACGUGACGACGGGCUGGCAUUUUUCCGCCAAAGCAGCGGGCGUAAGCAGACCUAUGGAGACCUCGCCCGGAAGCACUCUCGAGGUCGAAGCUCCUGUUCCGCCGUUUCUGGCGAUGUCGAAAAGUUUUCCAGGCGAACUCGUGCUAGGUCCCGCAGCUCUGAGGAGUCGUCGGGAUAUUCCGACGGGGAGGAGGAAACCGACUUCGAGUCUGACAGGUCGUCCGAUUCAAAAAGUUUUCCGGGAAACGACGGAAAACCUGAGUUCUGCCUCCCUCCCCCAGAGAGGGACACGAGUGGGGACAGCAUCGAUAACCUCAUUCACCGACUGGACGCUCGCUGUCACCAGGCGGGGGCCACGUCUCUCUUCAGCGCAGAACUCUCUCAAAAAGACAUGCCAAACAGGAAACGAAACUACAUUGGAGCGUACGGACGCGCGCGUCUUCUGGAGCGUUUGAGAUCCCUGGUAGAGGCCGAAUCACGUUCGCCGGAUUUGUGUUCCCGUGGUGACCAUUCCGCCAAACUGGAAGGCGCGCGCACGAAGACAAAAGAAAAGAACAACAGAAAGGAGCGUCAACGACAAACCGACUGGAGGAUGGUCAAAACUGCUAGGACAAGAGCGGCCGGCAGCGAUUUCAGUCUUUGUCCCGGCCUCUCGUCCCUCUGA